AUGGGGGGUGUGAAGCACCCCCAGGCUUCAGGUGAUGUGGUCUUGUGUACAUUACCACUCGGUGUACUGAAAGUGGCGGUGGCGAAUAAUGGUCAGAAUCAACAGAACUUCGUCAAAUUUGACCCACCGUUGCCAGAUUGGAAGGUGGCUGCAAUCAAGCGUCUCGGCUAUGGUAACCUGAACAAAGUGGUGCUUUGCUUUGAACGCACCUUCUGGGAUCCGAGCGCCAACCUCUUCGGACAUGUCGGCACUACGACUGCUAGCAGAGGUGAGCUGUUCCUAUUCUGGAAUCUAUACAGCGCUCCCGUACUACUGGCGCUGGUGGCUGGCGAGGCGGCAGCUGUAAUGGAAAACGUCACUGAUGACGUCAUCGUAGGCCGAUGCAUCGCAGUGCUGAAAAGCAUCUUCGGUCAUGCUGCUGUUCCACAACCGAAAGAGUGUGUGGUGACCAGGUGGCGAGCAGAUCCGUUCGCUAGAGGCUCCUACAGUUUCGUUGCAGUUGGUUCAUCAGGAACAGAUUACGAUCUGCUAGCUGCGCCCGUGCCCGGUGCGCCAGGAGAAAAUAGGCUAUUCUUCGCUGGAGAGCAUACUAUGCGAAAUUACCCAGCCACAGUUCAUGGCGCUUUCCUCUCCGGUUUAAGGGAAGCCGGUCGAUUGGCUGACCUGCUACUACCACAACAGCCGAUCACGAACGCCAGCGUUGCGGCCGCCACUGCCGCAGCUACUCAGUCCUGA